GGCUCCUUCCAUAAGUCCGUGCUUGGUACUUAGGUAGUUACACAUCGUCUGCGCAGUCCACGCAUCAUCCGUACUGCAGGGGAAUCCUGCAUCGAAUGACUGCAUGAGCACCGCAGUCGCCGCGCCGCUGCCUUCGCGCCGAGUCGUAGAUAAUGUUAUGUCAUUUAUCGAGCAGGUUGCACAGACCUGCAGUUCGGUGUUAAUCGAGCGAGCGGCUUGUUCGUGUGUCUAUAAAUGUAAUAAAGAAAAGAAGGUUACAUAUCUAUUAAUAGUUUAUCGGUAGAUAAAUUUUUCUACAAACUACUGUACGCACACUGUGAUAAUCUGUAACACGUCGCUGGUUCGUCGCUUGUCUCUCGCCAAAUAAUCUCACAAUCGAAAUUGUUAACAAGCGGUUCUCCUGACGAUUUCUUAUUUGACGUCUAGGUGCUCUGUGGAUGGAACGUUAUGAUUAAGAAGAGUUUGACAGCUCAUUAGAAAUUUGUCGAAAUUCUAGACACUGCACACCAAAAACGCAACGUCCGAUAAUCUUUGUCAGCAAUAUUUCACGACGCUGUUGAGCUCUUACAUUAUUGCUUCUCAUAUUCAGUGACCAUGAACGAUGGAGUCAGACUUCGCGUUCAUUCAUCAAAAGAAAUAUCAGAUGAAGUAUUUUACUCGAAGAAAAGGCAAUCGAGGACGUUUGAGACGCUGAAUGAAACACACCAUUUGUUGUACCUGCUGUUAUGCCUUUUGGCAGUGUCCUUGACAGUGAUUGUUUUGGAAAAGAAAUUGCCAGAGCCGUUGUUGACCGACACCGAGGGCCUUUAUCCUGAAAAGUUUGUCGCCGAGAGAGCAAGAAACAAUUUAGUCAAAUUGACUAAAAUUGGCCCUCGGAUAACUGGUAGCUAUGAGAAUGAGGUCAUGGCUGUUAAUUUUUUGAAGACUGAAAUUCAAAACAUUGUCAAAGAUGCUCAUAACAGUCAUGAAAUUCAAAUUGACAUCACUAAACACAGCGGUGCAUUUCCAUUAACUUUCCUGGAUGGGAUGACCAAUGUUUAUAGAAAUGUUCAAAAUGUUAUUGUUAAAGUUGGGUCGAGAAUCAACUCGAAACACAGCUUGUUGGUUAACUGUCAUUUUGAUACGUUUCCCGAGAGCCCUGGUGGUUCAGAUGACGGCGCUGGAUGUGCCGUAAUGUUGGAGAUGCUGAGAAUAAUAGCUCAAAGUCCAAAGAUAUUGAAGCACAAUAUUAUAUUUCUAUUUAACGGAGCUGAAGAAAAUUUGAUGCAGGCAUCGCAUGGUUUUAUAACGCAGCACAAAUGGGCGAGUGAAGUAAAGUCUUUCAUAAAUUUAGAAGCCUGUGGAGCAGGCGGACGUGAAUUAUUGUUUCAAGCUGGUCCUGACAAUCCUUGGAUUUUGGAAGUUUACUCUGAGUCUGUCCCAUACCCAUACGCUUCAUCAUUAGCACAAGAAAUAUUUCAGAGCGGAGUCAUCCCUGGAGAUACGGAUUUCCGGAUAUUUCGAGACUUUGGAAAAGUUUCUGGUCUUGAUUUUGCAUGGUCAACAAAUGGGUAUGUCUAUCAUACAAGGUUUGAUAACGUAGAUCAAGUGCCACUAGGUUCCCUGCAAAGAACCGGAGACAACAUCUUGGCAUUAGUACGUGGAAUAACGGCUGGUCACUAUCUUUCUGACAUAGUAAUGAAUCAUCAAAAAGGAAGUCUAGUGUUCUUCGAUUUCUUGGGUGCAUUUGUAGUUAGAUGGCCUGAGUAUCUAGCAAGUACUAUUAAUAUCGCUGUUAUUUUGACGGGACUUUACUCCAUUUUCCUCAACAUGGAAACUGCUCGUAAAUUAGAUCUGAGGCAUUCGGUCUACAUUAAGCAAUUGGCACUGUCUGUGUCAGCUGUGAUUGGUUCCUAUAUAUUCUCAAUGAUCUCUGUAACAAUCGUGGCGGUCUUUCUGACUCAUCUUGGAAAAGUUAUGAGCUGGUAUGCCAGACCAGCAUGGUUAUUUUUUCUGUACAUUUGUCCGACCAUAUUCUCAUCCAUGGCAUUUUUUUUAGCUGUUUCUAAUCAUCAAAAAAAGGAAAAUAUCACUCCAUGGACGCUUUAUUACUUGUAUUUCGAUGCGUAUAACUUACUAUGGAUUACAGUUUUGUCUACCUGUGUUAUACUACGACUCAGAUCUGGAUUUAUACCCUUACAUUGGGUGAUAUUUCCUUCUAUAGGAAAUAUAAUAAGAGAGAAAUUUUUCAAGAGAUGGAGAGAUGGGAAAUGGUUGCUGUACCACAUGGGUGUGAUUAGUUUGCCUUACAUACAGUCGUUUUACUUGACACUAGGCGCGCUCUACCUUUUUAUUCCAAUAAUGGGUCGAUCUGGUGCUGGUAUUAACGCCGAAAUCGUUAUUGCGAAUAUGAUAUCGUUUAUAUUUUGUCUCCUUCUGAGUUUCACUCUACCCAUAGUAAUCGUGGUGAAAAAUGCGGGCAGAUUAAUCAGCAUUAUGAUUGGGAUAUUCUUAAUAGCGGUUAGUAUACUGAUUUUGACACCGUUAGGCUUUCCGUACAGCGGUGAUCCGCUUGCUCCAGCACCGGCCCGAUUCAUGAUUGCACACACGCACAGACAAUACUUCAACGAAAACGGUACGGUUCGGCAUUCUGGUACUGGAUAUUGGUUGGUAGAUUUGGAUAUGAACAGCCCACACAACGUGGAAACCAUUGUACCAGAAGUAGCCACUGCAGGUUCGACGCUAAGAGAUUGCGAAGAAGAGUUAUACUGUGGAUUACCGUACCUGAUGCCUGUCACAACGUUUUUAUGGAAAACGAGCUGGAUUCCAGGUCCUGCGCCGUUGAUAAAAAUACCCACCAGGUUGGAAAGAAUUUCGAAGAUAACCAAAGGAAACAUCAUUAGUUUCAGAUUCAAUGUUACAGGUCCUGAUCAUAUUGGCAUCAUCUUAUCACCGUACGAAGGUGUGCGUCUGAUAAAAUGGAGUGUGUUGGACGAUCCGCCUCUGGAAGGACCUCUUUGGAAUAAUAGACAUACUUACUUUAUUUAUUAUGCUUGCGCAGCUGACUGCGACCCUUACAGUUUCAGCGUCGAUUUAGAAAUACCGCAUGGUCAUAAAGGGCCUUCAUUGAGCAUUGCAUUAGCAGGCCACUUUCUGCACGGUGAAAAUCAAAAAUCUUUAAGGUUCAAGACUUUCCUAUCUCAAUUUCCGUCUUGGACCGCAGUUAUUCCUUGGACUGCUACUUACACCUCUUGGAUAUAUUAGCGGUGAGCUGGGAUUAUGAUUACUAUGUUGUGAUGACAUGGGCUCGAUUCUAAUUCUGUUUAAAACUAUUUUAUAACGCAAUCAAAAGACCCUUUUUUUUUCUAUACAACCCAUGUAUUACUGCAGUAAAUUACAUGUUAAAGAAAUUGGCAGACUACUGCUACUAUAGGAACCGAAAACGCCUUACAACAGGACUAAGACGUAUUCGAAUUAUAGCAGUAUGCAUACAAAAUUCCUAUUGCAAAUAAAUUAGGUAGACGAAUUCUCACUCUGGUACUUAGUUUUUUUUUCUUUUUCAAAUACAAUCAUUUUUAAUUCGUAUGCAAUAUACAGGUAUUGGAUAUAUAAGUAUUGUACCUAAGUAAACUUUUUAGGUUUAGAUUAUCGUAUGCUUAUAAUUAAGCAUAGCACAAAUUCAUACACCUACGAAUAUAUUUAUUCAUGACGUUCUUUUGUCUCAUCCGCAGCCAGUAAUCGGCACCUUGUAUUAGCUAUUAUCACGUGAUGUUUCAGCUUAAGCAUACGAAAAUCUCGCGCUCUCCUAAUCGCGAAAGAUACGUGAGAAAUCUGCUUCAUAAUAAGCAAAAGUCGUAGUAGCAGCCUACCAGGCUACCUGAUUUCCAAUAUGGUACUAUAUACAGGCUUUAAUGAGGAAGAAGAGAACGGACGAGAAAUACAUAAUGUACAAAUAUUAUAUAUAUAUACACAUACACAUAGUGUAGACAUAUGUUAAGUAGUUGGUAACGGAUGAUUUUUUAAAGGUGGAGAAGAUUCACCAUUGUUAGUAUAAUUAUUAAAAGGUCUAUACAAAGCAAUUUCAGCAAUCAUAGGCUUGCAAUGGUUAGACCAAAAAAACAAUAUAUGACUAAUAAUAACUAACAGAAUUUGUUCGAGAAACGAUUCAAAUCACAUGUGACACAUGUUGUGGGUUUCUGUCAUGGUUACUCCCUUGUUUCGAAUUUCUUUGAUUAUUUUUUCUGUUUUAGAUGAUAAGUAACGUAAAAUAAGAUUAACGAUAAAGUGCCAUUAGAUAAAUUAUAGGCUAAAUAUACAAAAAUGAUAAAAUAACACAUAAAACUUGUUGCCAGGUGCAGCCGCGUACACUUCGGCACGCAUGUAAACUGAGCAAUUUCUCUUAAAAAGAUAACAAGAUAACGUUAUUCUGAAACUCGAAAGCCUAGAGCAUAUCAACAAAAGCCAAAAUAUCAUGAAUAUAAUAUCUAAAAUUGUCAUUUGACAAUUUAUAUAAUGCCAAUUUUAUACGAUUAAGUAAAAUAAUGAUUAACUAAUAUGUACUGAUGAUUCCAGUGCAUUCGAUGCUGCUCUGACAUGUAAUGUUCAUUCAUAAAAGUGAUAGUAAGAAAACGGUCUCGACAAAAAUUUUCGAAAAAAUCUAUGCCAUAUAUAUUAAAGUGUUUCAAAAAAACCGACUAUUUUUUUUUUUUUUU